AUGCACGCCAAGCUGCUCGCCGUGUCCAGUCUGUGCGUCGCCGCCUCGGUUCUGCAGACUACCGACGCCCGUGGUGCUUCGACUGGGAUUCUUUCGCGUCGCCAGCUAGGCGACUACAAGGAUCACGAGCACGGACACCAUUCGCACAAGCACGACCACCACAAGAAGCACGUCCACGACAACGACAAAGGUCACUCGCACUAUCGCCGUCGGCUCGAAGACGCCAAGGCGACGGAGUCUUCGUCGGACUAUAGCUACGGUCACGACGACUACGGCCACGACGACUACGGUCACGAUGCCUACAAGCACAACGACUAUGGGCACGACCACUACGAGCAUAAGGACUAUGACCAUGGCAAAAAGGACUACAAGGGCUAUGGUGCUGACUACAGCUACGGCUACGACAAGCACGACUACAAGGGAUAUGGCCACGACAAGGACUACUAUGGCAAAGCAUCCGGCAACGACUACUACGGCUAUGGCAAGGGAUACGGCGACGACUACUACAGCUAUGGCAAAGGGUAUGGCAAAGGCUACGGUGACGACUACUCCGUCUACGGAAAGGGCUAUGGCAAAGGCUUUGGUGACGACUACUACAGCUAUGUAGACGGCUAUAGCUAUGGCAAGAGAUAUGGCAUGAUAAAGGCUCGGACUUCCCUAUUUGCGCUUUAUACGAAAGUUGUACCGUUGGAACGUGGAAGUGUGCCACCAUCAAUGCGACCGGCCGACGGCAGCGAGAUAAGCAUUUCUGCUCCAUAG